UCUGCUUCAGCUCCUGCGUAGCGAAAAAGAAUAGUACGAGAAAGGGAGGGAGGGAGGGAGGGAUGGGCGAAGACGAUCAACGAACGCAAGACGGCAACAGGACACAGGCCGACUGGGAGGCAGACUUUGCGUUCGGCGAAAUGAGGACGACGGAACCCGUACAUGAAAGUGAUGAGCCAACACAUUUUGACUCUCCCACACAAAACAAGCAACGAUAAACACAGGUCUUCCCAAAAAUGGGAAAAAAACACAACUCCACAGAAGAAAAAAAACAAAACCACGGGCGCGUAAAAAAAGCACACAAAAAAGCNAGAACAUGAAGAGAGAGACAGAGAGACAGAG